AUGUUAAUGAUGUUUUUAUAUUAGGUUUUUGUAUGACAAAUUGAUGCGCCCCAAUGGUUUGGACGUGUCAUUCGGAUUCUUAGCACCCGCGACCGUCAACUUAGGUUUAAUCUUAAGUAGACCGGAUACCGUGACGGAGUACGUUCUUCGGAUCCUCAUGGACAAUAAAGAUGCGGAGAAGUUGUUUUUUAUACCGUUUAAUACCGGUGGACAUUGGUUGUUGCUCGCAAUCAAUCCUAUCCGAGAAAUUGUGUAUUAUCUUGACUCGUUAGGAAAUGAUUGGACAACAUACCCGGAUAUGAAGGUCCUAAUUGACACCGUCCUACAAGCUUUUCAGGCCGAACGAGAUAUCCAAACCUCAAGGAGGGGCGCCAACUCCAUUACAUGGAUUAAAGUGGCGUGUCCUCAACAACGUAAUCAAAUAGAUUGCGGGUAUUUCAUGUUGAGGUUUAUGCGAGAUACUCUUGCUUUGGGCCGAUUAAAGAUUCCCACCGAUUACUUUGAUGAAUUCAAGUGUGCAUUUUAUACAAAGGAUCAAGUGGACGAAAUCAAAGAGGAGUGGUGUCAAUUCAUGAUAAAGCUCAAUGUUUGUUCAUAAAUUUGUGUAAUUAAUGUGUACAUUUGUAGUAUAUGUUAUGACUUGUAAAUGUGUACAUAAAUUUGUAUAUAUUUUGAUACAUUUAAGGCAAAAUUGGUUUGAA